UCGACAUUUGAUCUUCCAGGGCUUUGCAAUAUGAAGGCAGACCUUUUGUUGUGUGGUUUUUACACAGACCAAGAGUUAUGAUCUAUAGCAAAGAAAACAUAAGGGAUGUCAUGAUCAAAUACAAUCUUCGCAAGCCACCAUCCAUGAAAAAGAAUCUCUCUCAGUUAUUUGGUGUCAGAUUCAUGAAGAAUGGCCUGGUUACAGAAAUUAACCACGAUGAUUGGAAAAAGAAAAGACAGGCUGCAAAUCCUUCAUUUUAUCGCUCCCACCUCAAAACAYUGAUUCCAGAUUAUAAUAAUUCAUGUGAGAAGUUAAUCAAAAAGCUGAUGGAGUACUCUGAUGGAAAAACAGAGGUCAGGAUGGUGGAUUUUUUUCAUCGUCUCACUCUUGAUGUGAUUGGCAAGGUGGCAUUCGAUUUGGAUCUGAAGUCUAUCGAAGAUGACAGCACAUCUUUCCCCACUGCUGUUUCUAAUUGCUUGAAAGGAUUAAUCUUCGCUUUUAGAAAUCCAUUGCAUCAGAUCAAUCCGUGGACUUUUGCUCUUCAGCGUGAAUUUGCCGAAUCCGCCGCACUUCUUAGAGAAACCGGCAGGAAGUGUAUCAAAAAUAGACGAGAAGCGAUAGCACAAGGCAAGACGAUGCCUAGUGACAUUUUAUCGACCAUGAUGAAACUUUUAGAUCUCGACUCCAUACAAAUUACUGAUGAAGAUUUGCUUGAUGAUUUCGUGACAUUCUUUAUUGCUGGCCAAGAAACAACAGCAAACCUUCUCUCUUUCAUGAYUGUUGAAAUAUCUCAACGACAGGACGUCAUGGACAAGUUGCGAGAUGAAAUCAAURAAGUGCUUGGGUCACGUGACUACGUAGAGUUUGAUGACCUUGCCAAGCUACAGUACAUGGGGCAGGUCUURAAGGAAACKCUAAGACUCUAUCCACCAGCRCCAAACAUUGCAAGGCACACCAAAGAUCCAAUURUACUUAGUGGUCUCCAGAUCCCCGCAAACACAGGUUUCAUGAUCAGCAUUUUUGCUUCACAUCGCUCACCUGCGCAUUUUGAGGAUCCAGAGAAAUUCAACCCUGAUCGAUGGAGCCCCGAAAACGCUGAGAAAAUCCCUCACUUCGCUUAUUUACCAUUCUCGACUGGACCACGAAACUGUAUUGGACAAGUUUUCGCACAGUUUGAAGCUAAAGUCGUGAUGGCUCGAUUUCUAAAAACAUUUGACGUCAGACUUUGUCCUGGGCAGACACGUGCCAUCAAACAAGAAGGAACAAUUUCACCUCGAGAUGGUGCCGUGUGCACACUUCUCCCCCUUUAGACAAUGAAUAUUGUAGACAGUAUUAGAUAUUUACUGACUGUAAAAUGKUGAUCAUKAAUUUUAUCGUGUUUGAAAGGCGMCUAGCUUUCCAACAAGAUAUUAUUUGUAAAAGAAAAGGAACUAUCUGGGAUGCACGUCGGCCUCUAAAGGAAUUGAAUUGGACGGCACAACUUUAGCCAUCAACUAUUGCAUGUACAUACAACUGUCGUGGGGAUAUAAAGCAAGUGUUUUAAAUCCCUGCGACACUUGUAGCCAUCUUGUAAGGAUGACUUACUCAGGUUAGAUGAGAUGGUUGUAAACAGAUGUUGUGCUAUCUAAUUCGGCCUUUACAAUGUGGCAUAACUGAUGUACAAAGGACUAUUAAAUGUUGUAAAUCGCUAUGACAACUGUAGCUAUGUUGUAAGUUUUCAAAUACUCAAAAACUUAUUAGUCAGGAUAGUCGUAGGCUAGAUCGACUUGCGUUUUACCUUUUUUCCAAUUUAUAUAUGUGUUAUGUCGCGUUUGCACCACCGGAAGUUAAGAAUUCGAGACGUCGAAACCGGAAGUACCGUAUACUGGGUGAAAUUCUGUAGAUGGGGAGCAAGGAUGGCCGAGCCGUUAAAACGCCGGUCUAUCACCGCUGUGGUCCUGGUUCGAUUCCCGGUCCGGGACUAUAUGUGAUUUGAGUUUGUGGCUGGUUCUCUUCCUUGCUCCG